GAGAGAGAGAGAGAGGUGACUAGAGUGAUGGGACCCGGCUGAGGGAACAGCAGCCAGUGAUCACUCUCCGAGCUGGUAAUGACAGGCAGACAGAUGUGAAGGAUGACUUCUUGCUCAGAGAUCUGUGGGUCAGAGUAUGUUGAGCAAGCCCAGGCCAGCGGGAACUGCCAGCAGUACGGAGUCCGCUCCUAUCUCCACCAGUUUUAUGAGGAGUGCACUGCUUCCAUCUGGGAACGUGAUGAAGAUUUUCAGAUUCAGAGAUCGCCUAGUCGGUGGAGCUCUUUACUCUGGAAGGUCUGUCUCGCGUUCGGUACCCUGAUCUUGUUGGCGGGCCUCAUUGUCCUCCUGGUGGGCUACGCCACCCCUGCCAGGAUUGAGGCUUUUGGCGAGGAUGAUCUCCUCUUUGUCGACAGCCAUGCCGUCACUUUCAACCGUGCACUGGAUGUUUGCAAACUGACGGGUGCCGUGCUGUUCUGUGUGGGAGGCACCUCCAUGGCCGUGGGAUUCCUGCUGUCUGCCUUUGCCAAGAACUACUCCAAAGAGGAGCUGUACCUGCAGCAGAAGUUUAAGGAGAGGCUGGCUGAUCUGCACGCAACAGUUGGUAACCCCAUCACGAGAGCACCAACCCCCGGAGAGGGAAAGGUGCCGGUCACGCUCUCCAAAGUCCAGAACAUCCAGCCAGUGACCACGAAGUCGGAGACCUGACAGCAGUCCAGAUGAAGGGAUAAAGUGGAGAAAUGUGCGUGUGCAGGUGGAUGAGUGUGCAGUCCCUGUGUGUGCGUGUGUGUGAGCCCGCGCACGAGUGUGUGUGUAGGUCUAUUGUAUGUGUGCAUCCUCUCUUUUCAAGGGUCAUCUUACAUGACUGAUAUUUCUGAUCCUCGGCCUCCAUGUGCUGUGAAUGAGGUCGGACUUUGUUUUGACAUGUUUCGGAGCCCGGUGUGAGGUUAUAUGAGUGCAACAAUGGUACAGCUCAAGAUGGAAGUUGAAGAUUAUUGAGUAAAGCACAUGCAGGGCUUGCACCAGCAGAUCGUGACAGCUAUGCCCAUCCAAAAACAAACCACAGAGGAAAAACACCACAAGAACAUAACUGCUGAACAUGCAUAAAACCUGAUCUGUUUCCACUGAGUCAGUGUCCGUCUUUGCUUCUCUCAAGAAGUUUUGCACAUCGUAACAAAAGAUGGUGUUUGUGGUACACGGUGUACAAGCAGAGGCAGUGUUGUUUGACGUUAGAAAUGUCCUUAUUCCCUGCUCUGAUCACAAGAAGCACUGAGUAAAGCCCAUAUCUCUGCCUGGUGCCUAAAAGGACAUCGGAUGCUUCAUCCAUGAGUGUUUCUGGGUGUCCGUGUCACUGGGCUUGAGUUGGGUAUGUGUGUGCAACAUAGCCGAUCACAACAACAUGGAGCAUUUUUCGCUUUUAUCUGUUUUUUUAUGCAGCAGCUAGCCAGGAGAGCCCUUUGCAGAAGCGUUGCCGACAGCUCACAGAUUUUUGUCAAAAGAGAUAAGACAUCAGAGCAGAUUUGAACUUAUCUUAAGGGAAGACUUCACACUAACAUUUUCUCCUGUUGGCUUGGACCUCAGACCUUGUCUCGUUGCAUUGAGUCAAUCAGCAGAAGGAUCGAUAGACUAGACGAGACAGAUUGAUAAAGAGAAGGUGCCUGAAUUGACCUAGACAAAACACACAGACUGAAAAAGCCAGUCAUUUUAAAAAGCCUCAAAACUAGACUUAUUACUUGAUAGAUGAGAUAAAAUAUUCUUCACAUAGUUUGUUUUAUUUUCCAGUGCAAUUACUUUUUGGUUUGGCAAGCAGCGGUUACACACGUACACUCUCUCUCUCUCUUAUCCAACUAAUUCAGGCAUAUAUGCAGACACCCAUCUGUCCACACAAGUACAUUUUCAAACUUUCAAAAUAUUUUCAGGCGCCAGACAUGAGCAGGUCGAAAGUUGAACAGGUCUUGUGGAAAUAAAGAUGAAGCGAGGGUGUGAAGAGACAAAACAGAAUGAUAAAGAUGGAUUACAUAACACGGGGUCAAAGAGUGCGCGUUCAGCUCUCCAGUGACUCCACAGCGGCUAGAAAACCUCGUCACAGCUUUCUGUCUGCUGGGGUUCACUGAUACAACAACUGCCCUCCUCGGUUUUCACAAAAAAUCUGAAACACUGUCGGUUAUGUUGUGUUAAAAUAAACUUUCUGACAUAUGUUUACUCAUCUGAAUAUGAACAAAUGAUACAUGAUGAUUUUCCACAUAUCCAUAUACAUCCUACUGCUCUUUUAAACUCAAGUCUAUAAUGCUUGCCUGCUUUUUUACCUUUUAUUUGCAUCAUCACACACCAUAGUUUAGCUUUUUUAUAUAUAUAUUCCCAGAUAAAUAAUGUAUAUAUUUUUUAUUAUUUCUGAUAAUAUUGCUCAUAAAUCAUUGUUUACUGGUCAGUCUUGUGUUAUGCAAGGUCUCUUUGUUAAUUAUUACACACUUGACUCAGACUCAACAGAUUUUUUUUUCAUGACUUAAAUAAUGCAUAAUACAGCUAAUAAUAAUACAUCUCUUUACAAAUAAUCCUCUUUGGGGUAAAGCAACAGUACAGCAGCAAUGCAGCCAACAGUGUGAGUCGAUGAACUGCUAUGUGUAUGUGUGUGUGUGUGUGUGUGUGUGUGUGUGUGUGUGUGUGUAUGUAUCUAUGCGGGUGCGUGCAAUCAUGUAAGAUGACCUUUUGCCGUCAUUCCCACAACCUCCACUCUUCUCUUCCUCGUCUUUUGCCUUUUUCUUCUUUUACUUUUUAUAGUUGUGUGAUGUCAUUUUAACACAUCUGGUCUCAGACAUGACAUAAACACAAAACUAGAACUACGAAGAACAAAACGUCUCAGUUCAAAAGACACCUUAUUAAGCUGCAACUACACUGCUGAGGAAAACAUACCAAGAAGUGAUACAAGCUUUUACGAACAACGAGUUAGCCCUCCAUCGUAGUCAGACUGAUCAGUCGGUGGUCGAUAAAUGUGUUGACUUGUAGUGCCAUGUUGUGAAUAAUGAGUUUGUUUUUAAUCACUGUCAUUUUAUGGAGUGAAUUUGAGCCCUUAAUUUCACACCCAGUUCUAAAUGUUAGAGGAUAUGUUUGUUGGAACUGUUUAAAGGCCACGGUACAUCAACAACCAUUUAGGAAACACAAGCAGGCAGUGUUACCUUUGCCAAGGAUGGGAACAUGGAUGGGUGCAACAAAAACAUCAUGAAACACAGGUUUGUUGUAAUUCCUGGCAAAAUUGCCCAUCUACUUUGGCUCAAAACAUGACCCAUGUAUAUUGUGGCCUUAAAGAUAGCUUCAGUGGCGUGAUGUCUGCCAGACUUCAGGGAAAUUUCAGUGUAAGAUGUUAUUUUUUGUUCUCUUUUAAGUUGGUUAACUUUGAACUAUUUAAUCCAAUAUUCCCUCUUGAGGUGAAUAUAAGUGAAACACGGUUUCAAAAACCUGAAAGAUCCUGAACAGAGUCUACACAGAUACAAGAACAGAAAAUAUUAUCUUUUUUUUUUUUUUUUUUAAAUAAUUCUUUGUGUGACUAGUCUAAUCUCCUUACAGCUGUCUAAACAGGGAGAAACCACACGACUUUCCCCUGUUCAAACAGCCGCAAGCAGAUCAGAUCUGCACCACAAGGGACUAAAACAGACAGUUUUUUUCUGCUGUGUAAAUCCAAGCCAAGGGAAAAAGUUUUCUGGUUUCGACAUCACUUCCUCUGAUUCUACCUUAAGGGUGUCCUGAUGUGCCAGUGGAUUCUAUAGACAUAGAGACGAAGGCCCUGAUUUACUAAAGCCUUUAAUGUGUGCAAAAACAUUUAGCAUGUGCAAAACCGGUGACAUAAUCCGUGACUGCUCAAGAUUGUCUUGCACCCAUGACAGGUGUUAAUGCUGACUUUGAACAGUGAACAUGUUUAAUCACCCAAUAACGGUUUUAGUACAUCUGGGUCCAAGUACACUGCACCUAUUACAUAUUGGAUAAAGAGCAAAUAUAUAUCAAUGUUAAUAUAUGUCUAUUUUUCAAAGAACAUAAUAAAAACUGGAAUAUUCUGCAGCUCAGUAAA